ACAACUACUAUCCUCCGUAAUGUAGCGGCCAAGCUCAUGGACUGUUGAAUGCAUCACGCAGUCAGUUCGUAAGCGUUAUCGUCUAAGGAUCUGUAAAACAUUCGAGUUGGCUGAAUAAAGUGCGACAGUUAUUAUAGUUAUAACGUAUAUAAUACACGUGUGUUUGAAACGCUUGUGACAUAUAAACAAUAAAAAUUUAUUAUCUCCUAUGAACAUUGUUCGAAUAAAAUUAAUAUACUCCAAGGACAAGUAGACAGCUGCAAACUAGUACUGUAGUUCCGUGGAUUAUUUGAGAAAGUAUGGAAGACAUAGUUUUAGAUUCGGGUACCAAUGAAGUAAUAUCUCCAAAUCAAGUUCAGGGUGAAAAGGAAAUUGCAAUUGAAGUCAAGAAUGCAGUAAAAUUGUACCCACCAAACAUUAUUUUAAGAGAAUUAAAUAUGACUGUAAGAAAAGGUGAAAUUUAUGGACUACUUGGACCAAGUGGCUGUGGAAAAACAACACUUCUAAACAGUAUAGUCGGUAGAUGUCAAAUUGAUUCUGGCGAAAUUCACAUGAAAGCAUCAAAAAGGGAAGAUGUUGGAUACAUGCCACAAGAUUUAAAUCUACAUCAAUUCCUAUCCAUACUUCAAACUUUUAAAUUUUAUGGCAAAAUGUUGAACAUGACUGAUGAUAAAAUUAUAGAAAGAGCCAAAGAACUUUCAAUAUUACUAGAACUACCUCCUAAUGAUAGAUUAGUUGAUUCAUUAAGUGGAGGACAACAAAGAAGAGUGUCGUUAGGUGUUGCUCUUUUACACAAUCCAAAAAUUUUGAUAUUAGAUGAGCCUACCGUAGGAUUAGAUCCAGUAUUAAGUGCCAGUAUUUGGCAGCAUUUAAUAUCUUUUGCACAAAAUGGAAAGACCAUUAUUAUAACUACGCAUUACAUAGAAGAAGCGAAACAAGCACAUACAAUAGGUUUGAUGAGAGAAGGAGUAAUAUUAGCAGAAGAUUCGCCUGAUGUGCUAAUGGCACGUUGCAACGCUAACACAUUGGAAGAAGCAUUUUUGAUCUUAAGUCGUAAACAAGAAAUGUCUACGAAUAUUUUGGUUGAAGAUAAGAACAAAAAAUAUGUUAACGAAAAAAAAAUAGCUGUUCAACCAAAUUUAAAUGAUGGAUUUUAUCGUAAUAAUCGAAUGUUAUGCCUUAUGUACAAAAAUUUAAGUCUUUUGUGGCAACAAAAAACAUUUUUGGGUUUUAUUAUUUUACUUCCAUUGAUACAGACAUACUUUUUCAAUCUUUGUAUUGGACACGAUCCUAAAGGAUUAAAAAUUGGAAUUAUAAACAAUGAAUUAGCACUCAAAGGUUUUUCAAAAUGUAGUCCUGAAUUGUUUAAUGGCUGUUUUCUCAAUAAUCCUGAUAACUUAACAGUAAGUUGUGCAUUUGAAGAGCACCUGAAAAAGAGAUCUUUACAAAUUGAGUACUAUCAUGAGGUUGAUAUUGGAACAGAGGCCGUAAAAAGUAACAAAAUAUGGACUCUUCUAAAUUUUCCUUCUGAUUAUACACAAGCUUUAUCAAGAAGAGUCAUUAAUGGCACUAGAACAUUAACGAUCGACGUAGAACAAAGUACAAUAGAUGUUUGGGUAGAUCUAGCUGAUUUAAUAAUUGGAAACCUGAUGAGAGCAAACGUAUUACUGGGUACUCAAGAUUUCAUGCAUGAUUUGUUGCGUCGGUGCAAUGUUAACGAAAAAGUUGGAAGUAUACCUUUAAGGUUUAACAAACCUGUGUAUGGGUCAAUGGAUAGUUCUUUUAUUCAUUAUUCUUCAGCUGCUGUUUUAUGUUUAUGUUGUUUUUUUUUGCCAACAUUAUUGACUGCUGGUCUGCUCUUAACGGAAAAGAAAGAAGGCAUGAUGGAAAGAAUGAUGGUGUCUGGUAUACAAUUUUCUGAAAUAUUAGUAUCAACAGCAAUUAUGCAAAUGAUUAUUCACACAAUUCAAACAUUAAUUGCAAUGUAUGUCAUGUACAUUUAUUUUGAUAAUCCAUAUCUUGGCGGUCAUUUUGUAACGAUUUCACUACUAUUACUUAUUGGAAUGGAAGGCAUGAUAUACGGAUUUUUGAUUGGUGCGAUUAGUAAAGAUUUCAUACUUGCAGCGUAUGUAGGAACGGGUACUAAUCUCGCUUUAGUUUUCACUUGUGGAAUGGUUUGGCCGCUUGAAGGUGCCCACUAUUUCCUCAAAACUUACGGUCCAAUUUUUCCAGUAACUGCGCCAGUUAGAGCUUUACUUGCAAUUACUGGCAAAGGAUGGAGUAUUGAUGCCAAACCUGUUUAUAACGGAUUCUUAUCAAUUUUUUGUUGGUCAACAUUUAUGAUCAUGGUCAUAUGUAUUAUUUGUAAAAUAAAAAAAGACCCAUGGGUAGUGCGACAUUGAAAAAGUACAUAAAGACUGACAUUAUUUAAUCUUGUAAUUUAAAUUAUUUACUAAUAUCAAAGUAUAUAAUACAUUUUAUUAUUAUAUAAAAAUUGAUAACAGUAAAUAUAUAAUGUUUUAGCUGUAACAUUCUAUGUUUUAAAAAACGUAUAUUUUUAAUGAUUGAAAUUGCUCAAUAUUAUUUUUACAUUUUAUCAAUAGAAAUUUCAUUGUUUAAAAAAUAAAAUUUUUGUUUAUUCGUCAAUAAAUUUAGUCUAUACUAAUUUUAUUUAUAAUAAAUAGUUACCAGAUUAAAUUUGUGAUCUAAGUAAAACCUGAAUGAAUAAAACUUUAUCGAAUCAUUAAACAUGUAAAAUAUAUUCUUGACAAAGUUUUGUGCAUCCAGAAAGUUUUAUAUUUUGUCAUGUAUAAAUGGCAUUGUAAAUAUAUUGAUAACUUAAGAAUAGUUUUUUUUUAAAAUAAAUUCGUUAUUGUUAGUAAGUUAUUUUGUUUU